AUGAGUGGGCUGGGGGGGUAUGGAUCGUAUGUGCGCGGUAUUUGGGUAUCGUUGUAUUUUUUUUGUGACUUUCCUCUUUGGAGCAAGCAGCUGUGGCUGUGGGACCUGGGAUGGAAGCUGAGCGAGGGCUUGCCGAAACGCUUCAUUGGCGUAGUCUGUAGACACGUAGGCAGAUUCAUAUUCUUAUCGUCUAUCAUCCAAGCGGACAAGUGCGCAAUAAACAAGAGACUCGUUGAGUCUUCUCACUCUUUCUCAACGGCAGAUGCGCACUGUACAGUACAAGACACUCCCGCUGACAAAAGAGCAUCGGAGCUCGCUCCCUCACCUAACUCCGACCCCCGAAGCAGUCUAGCGCCGACCCCGUGGGUCCAGCACCCGGCCAAUCAGCGGGGGUCCUGGCUCGCCUAUCAGGCAGACACGAUGCUUCGCCUUGGUACGCGGCUGCUCAGCAGGCUCGUGUUGGGCGACGGCCGGAUCCCUCUGCCAGACCCUCUGUCCGGCUCUCCCCCGUGCACUUUCUUAACCCCCUUCAUCUCCAUCUCUCGCUCUUGUCUUCAUUCCAGUCUCUGUGCUGCGAUCCUCAGUCAUCCAUUUGCACCCUCAACAGCCCGCGAGUCACUCGCCAGGCGUCUCCGGCUCGUUUCGUCAUCCAGCGCUUUGGCCUUAAUUCACUUUUGCUUUCCAGGGACUCCCCCCCUCCCACCUCGUCGCAACAUGAAGUUGAAGAAAGGUGCCACCUUCCACUCUCCAACGACCCCGCCGUCUGAGGACUCUGAUCCAAUCUUCAACAUCCACUCGCUGCUUCGACGCUCUCCUACCUGUCCCAAGGCUCUGGAGGAUGUCAUUGCGGCCGGUGAAGGACGAAGGGCCGUGUUCUUAGACAAGUUCGAGCGUAGCCCUUAUGGUCUCGGAAGCGACCUUUCUGCUCCUCGUUUGGACAACACUUUCUGUGAUAACGACUCGCCUGUUCCGCGUGGAAUGCCGGAGGCCCGAAUGACUAACACUGACCCUAUGAAUGAGGUAGACUCAAUACAGAAAGAUAAAACUUUCAAACCUGUCCGCGAUCAGGAUCGACGCCGUCGUCUUUCCUGUGACAGUGGUAUCGGUUCGUCCAUCAGCGGUGCUAGCAUGUCUUCGUCUGUCGAUACACGCGAACAAGUUCGCAAAGCUACUCAUUCCUUUCAAGAGGAGGGUAAAAUUGUCUCAACCCAAUCUGCCAUUACUAGAUCUAUUUCAUCUACCACUGCCUUAGCUCAAAUCCCCAGCUUUGGCGUUGCUGCUCGCAAGCACAUCGAUCGCUUUAUUCUCGUUCCUAUUCUUCGUGAAAAACGUCUCUCCCCAUUCCAUCCUUUAAUCCGUAGCGUACCCCAGCGGAUUGAGAGCAAAGAGAUCGCCUGUCUUCGAGAUCUUGAAAAGACUAUUCUUUUCCUAGCUCCGGUGAGUCAGAUUCGCAACCCUGAUAAUGUACCGGACGUUGCUCAUACCAUCAAUCGUCAUUUAAAGCGGUACACCCAAUCCAAAGCAGUCUACCUCGGAUUCUGUGAAUUUACCAUCCAGUGCCUUCAUACUACGGUUGGGUACUUGAAUGACCGCGAUCAACGACGGCCAUCCGAUCGUCCGUAUACCAACGGCUAUUUCCUUGAUCUCGUCGAACAGAUGCGACAGUACGCUGCUCUGGUCGGUGCUACUCGAGAAAGGCAGGGCCCUCGCCCCCGCUCGAGAAUAGCAGAGAAUAACAUGGAAUAUUCAUCGUAUGUGUACGCUCUAGGUCAUACCACUUCUACUGUUUACAUAGGCUCACGGAAUUCGCUUCUCAGUGAUGAGGAAGUCACCCUUGAAGGCGGCUUGGGUGCAACCGGACGCCCCGCUGAAUUAGUCCGACGAAAGAAGGAUAAGCAAGCUAUCUCCCUUCGUACUGGAAACCCGUACGAUGAAAAGGCAUCGCCUGCUGUCCCAAUCAUGAAACGCUCCCUGAGCAUGGAAUCAUGCGAUGACGGCGUUGCUCGUUCGAUGGCUCGACGAAAGAAAAAUGCUCCCCCUCUUGACAUUAACCAGAAAUGCAAAGACUGCGAUAAAGUGUUCAAGAGACCCUGCGAUCUUACUAAACAUGAGAAAACUCAUUCGAGGCCAUGGAAAUGUGCAGAGAAGUCAUGCAAAUAUUUUGAAAUCGGCUGGCCAACUGAGAAAGAGAGAGACCGUCAUGUGAAUGACAAGCACUCCAAAUCCCCGCCCUUGUUCAAAUGCCACUUUGCUCCUUGUACCUACCAGUCCAAGCGCCAGAGCAAUUGCAAGCAGCAUAUGGAAAAAGCACACGGGUGGGUCUAUAUUCGAUCCAAGAACAACGGCAAAAGCGGCAGCCGAGUGUCGGGAUCAACGUCAGGCCAGCCCACUCCUCGGACCCCUAAUAUCCAAACUCCCAAUUCAGGAGUUAUGGAUUUACCAACUCCUCAGAGCCAUCCGGGCCCGUCCCCUUAUGCGCCUAAUGUCUCGCCUUACGAUCAGAGCUUGCAGUAUACCGGCCCUUCGCCAGUUUUGGAAGCUGGUGAUCCAAAUGAAUAUGUCCCAAGCCUGGACAUGCACAUUCCCUCCGUGCCCUCCAGCGCGACCACGCCCGAUGGAACCGGGCCUAUGGGACCUGGUAGCCUGACGGACGAAUCGCCCUUCGAACCAACACAUCCAACCCCAAAUUUCAACGUCGACUUCGAUAACCUUGACAAUGAGUACACAGUCAUGAACAUGCAGUUACUCACGCCCGCGCAAUCCGUCGAGGUGCACGGAUUGCGCUCCUUUUCGCGGAAUCCAUCUCCAACAUGCCCGGAGCCGCAACAGAAGUCCAACAUUAACCAUAACCUCUCUUCUGCCGGCCAGGGUAAUUUGAUGCUCUAUUCGCCCAACUCCCAGGAGCGGGAAAGAGAUUUGGAUUUGGAUUUGGAUAUCGAUAUGGAUGAAGGGUUUCACGAUGGUUAUGACAAUUAUCAUAAUCACAACAGCCAUAUUGGCAUGGGUAAGCCGAAUGGUGAUUUUACACUCUUAGAAAGUCCAUCCACUACGUCGAUUGACGGUAUUAGCAAGCAUGCAAAUUUCGACCACAGCCUGGGGUCGCAGCGGAAUGUUCACAAUUUCCCGGCACUUGAUAGUUUCGCCAAUGGCGAUGGCGGACGGUUCACGGAUUCUGAUGCAGCAAGAGGGUGGCCUGAUCAGAUUGAUCCAAUGGAUUUGCAUAGGGAUGUUGAUGAGUAUAUUAUGGGUGGUUUCUAA